AUGAUGAAAGUGGUAUUAUUACUUGGUCUAUUGGCGGGAAUGUUUUUCAUGUCGUCUGCUGAACUCAAUAAAGCUGAACUGAUGGCAGAAUUAAAGGAACUGACUCGGGAACUUAGCGUCAAGGCUCAAGAAACAACAGUAGGUGAUCCGGAAAUUAUAGAGGUAGUUCCCGAAGCACCUGUUGCCGUUACUGAAGAACAAGAAGCAGAGGAGGUGAAAGUCAGUGCCUUAGAAAAACUGUUCUCAAAACUCGGCGGUGUUUUGGGAAAGAGAUUGGAGAAGGCUGCUAAAAGAUAUGAGAAGAGGGCUAGAAAAGUCCGAAAAAUCGCCCAAAGAAUUUCUGAAGAAUUGGAUUUGACAGAAGAGGAGAACACUAUAGAGGAUCUGGCAACCCAGUUUGAAAAUACAGCCGAAUUUCUCCGUCAAGUAGCAGACGAAACAGAAAUGUAUUUUGAUGGCGCAGACGAGAAGCUACAGGACAUAAUGUCUCGAGCACCAUCCGGCCGUCAUAUUUCUCACCUGAAAAAAAAAGUCAAGGCAGCUAAAAAAGCCAACCGGUUACCUCCAGGAAAACAGGAACUAUCAACAAAUAUAGUAGAAAAUACAGACGGCGACUUCGUCGAGGGUAACACUGAUGCCGACGGUGCAACGGAUAACGCUGCAGAAGAAGCCGCAACUGAGAGCGUCGGAGUAGAUACAGCACAGGGAAAUACAGACGCAGAUGCCGGCUCCAAACGAUCCCUGGAUUGGUUGGUAAAUGAACUCAGGGCGGAUUGA